AUGGGCGCUCAAGCCGCAAGCCCGCCUCUUCUCCAAAUAAUUAAUAGCCAAAUGGAGCAAGCCCUCCUGCACGAACUCAAGAACGCCCUGCGCGGUCAGCUCGAGGCUCGAGCUGAGGGAAAAGGGGCCAGUGUGGCAGCAGCCUGGGGGGACGAUGGCCGCGAGCAGGCCCGCAACGAGGAUGCAAUAAUUCGCGAUAAGAUGAGCAGGAUGUCUCGAACCAGCCAGGAUGAUCAGGGUUGGUUUCUCAAGCUUUGCUCCGAGUUGAAGGUGGACGUCACGCAGAGAAGGUGGUCUGGGUUAUCAACAGCCUCAUAUAGGGCUCCAGGGGCCCAGCAGGAGGGCCUGCCGAGGGCAGGAGGGCAGGAGGGCAGGAAGACAGGAACGUGUAGUGUGGUCCCCUCCCUUGGAGUCUUGGACACCCUCGGGCUUCCAGCUGGGGAAGUUCCAAGGUCUUGGUGGUCUCACACGACGGUUAAGGUUACUUCGUACAACGUCUGCUGUACGGAGUACUGUACAGAGACUACAGAUAGGACCACGGAUUUCCCGUCCAUCCACUCACCGCCUGCGCCGUCGACAUCGCUGCCCACCCUCGAUUCCUUGAGCCACACUCGCGGUGCUGUCGCGCUCGGCGGAGCAUCUCGUACCAGUAGGACAAGUAGUGGCGCCGACAACAUCAAAUCUCCAGGUCGGCGCCGCCGAGAUGCCUCAGUGCUGGCGCGCCGUCAUGCCUCAGUGCUUAUCCGCCACUCAGAACUCUAAAGCGCGACAAGCUCCAAACUCGACCAUCCUCAUCCGCUUACUUAAGCGCCAGCCAGGCCAGCCAGGCCAGCCAGACUCGCACGAACUCUUUUCUGGCUCCAGAAGCUCAAAGCCCGGAUUAAAGCCAGCAUAGCAUUACAGUACCAAGUAUUCAAGGACAGGACGGGGACCUUCCUAUCUUACUUUAUCUGCCCCUCAUUCCACCGCUUCCAGCUCGAACACCGAUGCCCACAGCUUCCCCUCACACCACAUGCAAUAUCAACGUCGCCUAUGAUUUCCUGCCCAGUUUUGCGCUCCCGGCCCUCGUCACCAAGGUUCUCCCC